AAUAGAACACAAAAUUACCGUGUCGUCUUCGCCAUUGAGUCUCUCUGUCGCUAGUUUUUCUUGAUUGGCACCUCCGCACCUCGCUGCUCUAUCUCCGCGGCACCUUAAACCAUCAAUCGCCCUAAACCUUCACCUUUUCUGCCUCCCAAUCUUUGCUCACAUUUAUAUUACUUACUAUAUUGGUGCAAUUAUUUUUGGAAAUUGCAUAUAUGGAGUAGUAUAACAUAAUGGGGAAACGAAAAAGAAGGGCUGAUAAAAAUAAAGCACCAUCACAUCCAGACAUCAUACCACAUGCACCUCCCGGGGGUCUGCAGUCCAAACAGGCGCUUCUCAUGGAUGCUCCAGAUAGUUCUCUUAAGAGAUCACCAGGUCACGAAUCACCUCAUCAUCAGAAUCAUGGCUCCAGCCGUAGAAUAUUGUUGAGGCAUUCUCGUCAUCCCUUUGGUCGCCACUAUUCUAGACGAAGCUCUAGUAACUAUUCUGAUGCAUCUCCUUCUAAUUGGAAAGCUUUGCCUGUCUAUGAUUCUAAGCUGUCCUUCAAACCGGAAUGUAAAGAUCUCUCAGCCUUCCAGUAUAGAGGGAGCAGGAUAUUUCAAAAACCUGAGCGGAUAAGGUCAAGUUCAUUGGUGGAGAAUUCAAUAUGGGGAGAUGUAAGGAAGAUGGAAUGCAGGAUAUGCCAGAAGUCUCUGAGGAAGCAUCCCUUCAUGUUCGAGAAUUCUUCAUCUACCGAUCUCUCUGUUGUGGCAGUUCUAGUUUGCGGCCAUGUAUAUCAUGCCGAGUGCCUGGAACAGAAAACACGCCAUGAAGAUAGCCGGGACCCUCCAUGUCCGCUGUGUGUAAGUCAGACAUGAUAUGUUGUCUAAAGAGAAUAGAAGUUGUGCUAAAGGUAUUAUGACAUGAUGUAUAGGAAAUCAGCCUCUGGGAUUUGAAUUUGGCUUGGCUUAAUAUAGUUAACAGGCUCAAGCCUCUUUACUGCUAAUGUAACACUGGUUUUGCAACCUUUCGGUAUAGUCUCUAACAAAGUCGUGAUCUUCAUCUUUGGGUUUAGGUUGCCGAUGAAUCUGAUGGAAGUAGAUAUGUAAUGAUCAGUUGUAAUUUGGUGUUGCUUUUUUUCAGUUCUGAUCAGUAUUUUGUAGAUUUAUAAAAGCUGCAGUUUAUAUCAA